AUGGUUGUGCGCCAGCGCGAGGCAUCAACGUCAGCGAUGGCUAUUCGUCACACAGAAGCCACUAUCGUGCAAUUGGGGCAGAUCUACGAGCAGUUUGCCUUCCUAGUGCGCGAACAGGCUGACGUUGUGAUGCGCAUCGACGGCCAUGUUGAUGACGCCGUCACUAACGUGGAUUUGGCCCAUGGAAAUCUGAUCCAGUUCCUGCGGCAUGUCUCUGAGCGUCGUGCAUUCAUGCUCAAAUUCUUUGCUGUUCUCCUUGCAAUUUUUUGUCUUUUCACUCUCUUUAGGCGCUGA